AAGGGAGGGGGAAAAAAAAAGAGAAGGGAAGGAAACCCUCGCCACCACGCGUCUCCGCCUCCGGCGGCGGCGGCGCCGCCCGCCGCUGUACCAAGAUCCCGCAGCCACUGCGCCGCCGGCCGCCGCGCUCGUCGCCCACGCACUAGUCCCUCCCGGAGUCGUAGGCUGCGGGUUACGCCCCCCGCCCCGCCGCCCGGCCGCUCUCUCCGGGUGGGGUGGUGGGUGGCAAGGGGCUGCGCCGCCAUCCCAUCACCAACCAAGCAAGCCGGCCGGGGAACGGGGAGCAACCAUGUCGCUCCUACGACGGGUGGGGAGGAGGUUCCUCGCCGGCGACAUCCUGUCGUCGGAGGCUUCGCCGCAUGCCGUCGGCCGCCUCUUCACCGAGCCUCCGCUACCGUCACCGCUGGAGGGUGUCAGGAGCCCCUCACCGCUGCCACUGCCUCGGGCUACCAAGCAACCAUUCAUUGGCAUCUUCUCGCCAUUCAAGAGUUACCCAUUGCAGGUCAUAAGGGAGUCACUGCCGCUGGCCCAUCAUCAGUCACUUAGCCGCAACGCCAUCGGACCUAGCUACAGGUGGCCAUGGACGCGGCUUACAUCUGCAGUAGCACUGCCGAAACUCCUUGGCACUAGGUGGGCAUCAACAAAUACCUCCUCAACUACUGGGUUUGGUCCAUGUUUUACUAGUGCGGGAGAGUUGAUUGAUGCCCUUACCUAUGCAAGAGCCAACCCUCUUAUGAGAAAGGUUAAGAUCAUGGGUAGAGAAGAUAAAAUCAUAUGGAUUCCAAAUGACAAUCUCAGGAGACUCGUGAGAUCAUUAAACAAGACCUAUGCCUUACUUCAUGCAAAGAAGAAGUGUCUGUCCUCAUUAACUUCUUCAAAUGUCUUAGUGGGUGAGGAUGGAAGUGCAGUAAUUCAGGGUGUUAUAGAGAUUCCUUACAGUGAGGAAGAAGCUUGUUGUCGAUACAAUGAAACUGCUUCCAUUCUGAAAGAGCUGAUUACAGAGUCUGUGGGGUCUGAAGCUAUUGGUGUGGAUUGUAUUGCCGAUUUUCGCCGUCUACUCCGCCAGAUGGAGAGCAUGACAUCGGUUUGUCAGGAGUACAUCAUCAGCAACCACGCUUCGCUUAUACCUGAUGCUAACAGGACGGCGGUAUUUCUAUUAUUUUACAAUCACAUCAUGGGUAAGCUCGCCCAGGAGCAACCAAGACUGAAGAAUCAGAUUAUUAGCAAGUUGCCGUAUGAUGGGAUUUGGCUAGGCAUAGUUAUUUCCAACCGCUUUCUCAGAAGAUGGUUGAAUAGCCAUAGGGAAUACGUGAGUACCGGGGAUGAUGACAUGAGCUUUAACUGGAAUGUCCGCUCUCAUUUUUACGUACAUCUGUGGAUCUUUGCUUAUAGUCAAUUGGAGGUAGAGGAAUGCUUAUAUGGUGAGUUUCCAGAGCUUCUGUUGGAGAUUGAGAUCCUGCUAUGGAAAGCGAAUGAGAUCGAUGGGCUAGGAUUCGAGGAUAAGUUUUAGUGGCUUUGAGAUAUGGCAAUGCAUUGUAAUAUGGGUGAAUUGUCUGUAUGACGUUUAAUCUGAGAUCAUGGAUCUCUUGUUAGGGCUUUAGGUGGUGUUUGGAUCCAGGGACUUAACUUUAGUCUCUGUAUUUAGACACUAAUUUAGUCUAUUAAAUAUAGACUACUUACAAAACUAAUUACAUAAAUGAAAGCUAAUUUGCGAGAUAAAUUUUUUAAGCCUAA